AUGGUAGUGUCGCAGUUCUACAUCCUGUCCCCGCGGGGGGACACGAUUAUCAACCGAGACUUCCGAGGAGACGUAUCCAAAGGGAGCGGGGAGAUGUUUUUUCGCAACGUCAAAUUGCACAAGGGAGGAGAUGCGCCACCCAUCUUUUACCUAAACGGAAUUCACUUCACUUAUUUAAAAAACAACAGUCUGUAUUUCGUAUUCACAUCUUUGUUUAAUGCAUCUCCUAGUUAUAUCCUGGAGUUGCUCUACCGAGUGGUUAAAAUUGUGAAGGACUUUUGUGGUCACAUAAAUGAAGAAGUCAUUCGAGCUAACUUUAUUUUAAUAUAUGAAAUUGUCGAUGAGAUAAUCGAUUAUGGGUAUAUUCAAAACAGUAACACAGAAAGCAUUCGUCAUUUGAUUCACAACGAGAUUAGUGCAACAUCUGAUGUGGGUAUGGGUGGUGGUAGUGGAGGUACUUCCUCUUCUAGUGGUAGUAGUAUCACUGCUGGGGGAGUAGCCAGUGCAGUAGGAAACACCGUUGGAAAUAGCAUCACGAGUAUUAGCAAGAGUACAAAGAAGCUAGCCAACCUCUCCAAUUUCAGUAUGAAAAAUUCAAACACAUUACCAUCCAAUGCUUCUCAAAAACCAAUACAAUUAAAUGAAAAAAAAAAUGAAAUUUUUAUCGACAUUGUUGAAAAAAUUAAUCUGAUUAUGAAUUUUAAAGGAGAAAUUAUUUAUUCUUAUGUGGAUGGAGUAAUUCAAAUUAAGUCUUAUCUGCAGGGAAACCCUUACAUUAAAAUUGCUCUAAAUGACGACCUGUAUAUAAAAAACCUGCACUCCGACAACACCAAUAAUGUUAUAAUUGACGAUUGUAAUUUUAAUCACUUGGUUAAUUUAUCGCAAUUCGAACGAGACAAAAUUCUUUCUCUUUACCAACCAGAUGGGGAGUGCAUUCUUAUGAACUAUCGGAUUAACAAUAACUUCAAGGCCCCCUUUCGCCUCUAUGCGAGUGUCACCUACGGCCCCAACCACACGUACACCUGCACGAACGUGUUCGUCAACUGCAAUCUGUGCAAACACAUAACCAACGUGCACCUGGACCUGCACAGCGCCUCAGACCUCUUCUCAGCGCAAUACAUCGCGAACGAGCACCGCCUGCUGUGGACCAUAAAGAAGUUCAAGGGCGAGAGCGAACACAGCAUACGGUCGAAGAUAACUCUGAGUCCCGGGUACACAUUCUCCAAGCGGGACUUCGGCCCCAUCUACAUGCUCUUUGAAAUUCCCAUGUUCAAUUUAUCAAAGCUCAGAAUCAAGUACCUGAGGAUAAUCGAGAAUUACAAGUCGAGCAAUACGCACAGGUGGGUGAGAUACAUCACGCAGUCGUCUUCGUAUGUCUACCGCCUCCACUGA